GUGGAAUAAACGUGUUUCCAAACAAGUGCGAAAAAAAGUUAAUUAUUUAUCAAGUCCGAUUAUUAAAAAAUACGAGUCACGACAUUGGCGCUAGUGCUCCCGAGGAAUCUAAAAAGAACAAAAUGAGUAAGACCACUAACAAAGACUUGUCGAGAGCAUUGGCAAUGGAAAAACAGCGAAACGCUCUCUUGGAGGCUCGACUCAAACAAACUCGUUGCAAAAAGAAGCAUUCUUUCGAGUGGAGUGAAGAACCAAUUGAUGACGGUGAUUCCUCGACCAAGCUACUUGAAACUUGUUCAAGCCGAGGAAGCUCAUCGGAGAUUGACCAUGAUACGUCCAUAUUCACAUCAAUGUCAUUCGCAUCUCUGAACAUUGUGGAGUGCAAACCAAUCGAUGGUGAAGAUGAGGUUGACAAGAAAUCCUUCGAGAACUGGAAAGAACUUCUCGAAGCGUCAAUGCAAUUUGCAAAGGUGAAGGAUGAGUUCUCCAAAAUCAGUAUCUUCAAAAUCAAAGCUGGAUGUAAAUUGAUGGAGGUACUUGACGGUACAUCUACUCGCGACGAUGAUCCGGAUAUGAAAAUGUUUCCAUACUCAAAUGUCAUGAGCCGAUUGAAAAGGUACUUCAAUUCUCGAGACUAUGUUCUACUACAGCGGCAAAGACUUCGCUCGAUGACUCAACAAUCAGAUGAAUCCGAUCUGAAAUAUGUCAAGCGAGUAACAGCGGUCGCUAAACUUUGUGACUAUGGUGAAGAUCAAUUGAUGGAAAACAUUGCGGAUGUCGUACAGUCACAUGCCCUUAAUUUGAAAGUACGUGAAGCAGGACGAAAAGUGAUGAGAAAAGGCGGCUCACUUACUGAAUUUCUUGACAAAAUUCGGGGACACGAAAUUGAAAAGCUGAACGAACAGACGUUCUUGAAAAAUCAUCAGCAGUACAGAUCUGAUGAUCAGCAAAUAGCGACCGUUGCAUCUGAGCAGCGCAAUCCUGCCGGAAAAUUCCGGCCGUCUUCAUCAUUCAGAUUCGUAAGUAAACCACAGGGGCCGAUGUUCAACCAAUCCAGAAUGGCAGGCAGCUUUCGUGGAAGGGAACUGCACGUGGAGGAUGGGACCGAAGUAAUGGUGUUGGACGAAAACCAUGCUGGAGAUGUACCGGAACCUAUCAUUUUCCCCAUGAAUGUCAUGCAAUCAACAAGCCAGAAGCUACAAACCAUUGCAAGGAAGCGACCAAAUCAAGAAGACGCGGAAUCGUCUACACCGUCAAAGGCAAGGAAGAUCGCUGCAAUUUGCGAGACGGAUCAAGACGAAACCAUCGAUGAAAAGGAUUUUGUGAGUGCUCAGUAA